AUGGACCAGGCAGUUUAUGGAUUGGUAUCCAAGAGAGCACGUGAGAAAGAGAGGACGCCCGCCGACAGACUGGGACAAGGAGAUGAAGAAGACGUGCGGGGGAGCAGCCUGGAAGAGAGUAGCAUUAGAGAGGAAAGAAUGGAAAAGGAUGGAUCAGGCCAAUUAAGGGAUCAUAACUGGCGCGAUGAGGCUGUUGGGGAAUGUCGUACCCUCAGACGACAAAAUAAGAGCAAGAGGUAUUGUGCUGACCUCGAGACGGCUGAGUGCGGGGGCAAUUAG